AUGAAAUCGUGUGUGCUCCCACCGUUAUCGUCGUAUGAGCCUGCUCUAUUUCGACCUCAAGCUGUUUCCUCAUUCUCGAUGGCUUGUGGAAUUCACAUUUUAGCGCUGAAGUACUAUUCCUUCUCGGCAAUUGUGAAUGAAACCAAUGAACGUGCCAUCGCUAAGGAAAAUCCUGAUUCAGUGCUUCACUGGAGAAACAAACAUAACUUUGUUUCACCAUUCCGUAACCAAAGUUUCCGAAAAAGACAACGUACUAUGGAGAUGACUUUUGCUUUAAACACUGGUGGUUUACCAAACAAUGGUGACCAAGAAAGCAUCAAUGGUGAAAGCCCAACGGGCCUAGGCCAAACAAGAUUGGGCCGAUUAGUGAGUGCAAGUGGUAGACAACUAUUGGAUAAACUAAACUCAGCUAGAAAGAAUUUCCCAAUGAAGGUAUUUCUUUUACUCCUUGGUUUCUACACUGCAAAUGCAUUAGCUACAAUCCUAGGGCAAACUGGGGAUUGGGAUGUUUUAGUUGCGGGUGUUGUGGUGGCUGCAAUUGAGGGAAUUGGUAUGUUGAUGUAUAAAAAGUCAAAUAGUAAGAGGUUUGAGUCUUUGAUAGUUAUGGUGAACUAUUGGAAAGCUGGUGUUUGUUUAGGUCUCUUUGUAGAUGCUUUUAAAUUAGGUAGUUAA